AACACCUUGGCCCAGGGGUAGUUGGAGCGGUGCAGGUUCCCAGGCUCCAGACUUUGUGCCUAUGGUUGGGGACAGAGUGAGGUCGUUGCCUUGACGACGACAGCAUGCGGCCCGUGGUCCUCCUAAGUGUGAGCUUGCGGCGGACGGAGGCCCACCUGCCUCCCUGCCUGCUUCGCCCUGGACUCGUGACUGCGUCCGCAGAAGAAAUCACAGCAGCACUGGAAUUGCUAGUUUGCUAGGCAGCAUCUUUUGGACCUGCGAGUGAUAUGCAUUUCACCUCAAAUUUGUUUACAAGUUGAAAACCUUUGGGUCUUUCUAUGCGAACGGAUUGAAGAAACACAAAAAGUGUCUACUGACUUUAAAUUAAAAUGGAAAAAUAUGAAAACCUGGGAUUGGUUGGAGAAGGGAGUUAUGGAAUGGUGAUGAAGUGUAGGAAUAAAGAUACUGGAAGAAUUGUGGCCAUAAAGAAGUUCUUAGAAAGUGAUGAUGACAAAAUGGUUAAAAAGAUUGCAAUGCGAGAAAUCAAGUUACUAAAGCAACUGAGGCAUGAAAACUUGGUGAAUCUCUUGGAAGUGUGUAAGAAAAAAAAACGAUGGUACCUAGUCUUUGAAUUUGUUGACCACACAAUUCUUGACGACUUGGAGCUCUUUCCAAAUGGACUAGACUACCAAGUAGUUCAAAAGUAUUUGUUUCAGAUUAUUAAUGGAAUUGGAUUUUGUCACAGUCACAAUAUCAUACACAGAGAUAUAAAGCCAGAGAAUAUAUUAGUCUCCCAGUCUGGCGUUGUCAAGCUAUGCGAUUUUGGAUUUGCACGAACAUUGGCAGCUCCUGGGGAGGUUUAUACUGAUUAUGUGGCAACCCGAUGGUACAGAGCUCCAGAACUAUUGGUUGGUGACGUCAAGUAUGGCAAGGCUGUUGAUGUGUGGGCCAUUGGUUGUCUUGUAACUGAAAUGUUCAUGGGGGAACCCCUAUUUCCUGGAGAUUCUGAUAUUGAUCAGCUAUAUCAUAUUAUGAUGUGUUUAGGUAAUCUAAUUCCAAGACAUCAGGAGCUUUUUUAUAAAAAUCCCGUGUUUGCUGGAGUAAGGUUGCCUGAAAUCAAGGAAAGAGAACCUCUUGAAAGACGCUAUCCUAAGCUCUCUGAAGUGGUGAUAGAUUUAGCAAAGAAAUGCUUACAUAUUGACCCUGACAAAAGACCCUUCUGUUCUGAGCUCCUACACCAUGAUUUCUUUCAAAUGGAUGGAUUUGCUGAGAGGUUUUCCCAAGAACUACAGUUAAAAGUACAGAAAGAUGCCAGAAAUAUUUCUUUAUCUAAAAAAUCCCAAAACAGAAAGAAGGAAAAAGAAAAAGAUGAUUCCUUAGGUGAAGAAAGAAAAACAUGUGUGGUACAGGAUACCAAUGCUGAUCCCAAAAUUAAGGAUUGUAAACUAUUUAAAAUAAAAGGCUCAAAAAUUGAUGGAGAAAAAGCUGAAAAAGGCAAUAGAGCUUCAAAUGCCAGCUGUCUCCAUGACAGUAGGACAAGCCACAUCAAAAUAGUGCCUUCAACAAGCCUCAAAGACUGCAGCAAUGUCAGUGUGGACCACACAAGGAAUCCAGGCAUGGCAAUUCCCCCGCUUACGCACAAUCUUUCUGCAGUUGCUCCCGGUAUUAAUUCUGGAAUGGCGACUGCGACUCUACCAAUUCAGAGUUACAGAGUGGAUGAGAAAACUAAGAAGUGUUCUAUUCCAUUUGUUAAACCGAACAGACAUUCCCCAUCAGGCAUUUAUAACAUUAAUGUGACCACAUUAGUCUCUAGUGAAAAAAGCCUCUUUCGGACAAGUAAGAAAAGAAGGGAGUACUCCAGGACAGAUGUCCAUUUGCCUGAACUAAACUAUAAUCAUCUCCCUGAACUAAGAGCAUUGGAAGGCACAGCUCGAAAUUCCAGGCUAACAAAGAAAGAGAGCAAAAUUCUUUCAAAAUCUCGAAUUCCUUCUCUGGCCGCUAUUGACCUGCACACCCCCAGUAUUACAUUACAUCAGGUAUCAAGACCUCCCCUGUCAGAUGAUUCAGGGGCUGAUUUGCCUUAAAUGGAACACCAGCACUGAGAACCAUUUUGGUUCUGAACUGGAUGCUGCUCUUGCACUUGAGAUGACAUCUUCUUGCAGCAAGAGUGCUGAUAUCCCAAGAGGAGAGAUUCAUGGUUUUGAUCAUUUCCUUCUGAACUGCCUGCAUUUUCUAAGGAAGGCCUUCUAGAAGAAGGAAAGACAAAGACUUCCAAAUGUUUCAAAGGAAGAUUGAACAAAUGGCCCUCCUCAAAUGUUAUCCCAUUACCUUUCACGUCCACCGAUGCUAUUUCAAGAUAUAUCCAGUGGAGAUUGUAUAUUUUAAGUUACCCAUGAUUAAAAGUGAGUUAAAAAGGGGGACAGAGAGAAAUAUCAUAAAUGGCCAUGUUACUCAUGCAUUGAACUUUGUGUGUUUUCUGUAUAAAUGUGUACAUUUAUUUAGGAGUGGGUUUGGUGGGGGUAGGUGAUAAUAAUGAGGAUCAGUUGAAGAAAAUUGAAGAAACUAGGAUCAGUAAGAGAAACUGUUUGCUUUGCUCGAAUUUAACUAUGAAAACACACUUAAAAAUCUUACAUGUUUCUAGAUAUUAAGGGAAUAUGUAACUCCUGUCCAUGGGUAGACAUGUAUCUUUGGUUUCUGUACUUAUUGUUGAUGUUCUAUCAGUAUAUUAUGAGACUCUGGCCUCUCUGCUGAUCUUCUAAGAACCACACUAAUGCAAGCUUGACAGAGAAACCUCUUUUCGAAUGACUUACUACAACUCUGGCAUUGGUUAGUUCUCUGUAUUGUAAGAUUCUGGUGCUAAUGUUCCAUACGGAAUUGAUCAGGACUGAUUACUCUUCUGUGAACCAAUUGCUAUUGAACCACCCAGCUGAAGAGGCUUUGGGGAGAGAAUGUUCAUGAUUAUGGACUCCACUUUUGUCCCCUAGUAGUUUAAGGGUGAUGCUAGAAUCCAGAGAAGUUCCUGUCUCCUUGUGACCUCAAACACUUAGGCCUUCUCAAAAACUUUCCGCCAAGGUGCAAAAUCAUUUACCUACAUUCCACACAUCUUUUCCAAUGCAUGGAUCCAGAACUUUUUAGGUGGGAGGAAUAAACCAAGUUGGCUACAGGUUCUUGAUUUCUGGGUUUCUAGCCAUGCUCUGCUUUAUCAUUUUAGAGAAUGGUUGUUUAAGGAAUCAGAAUUUGUGUGAGUUUUUUUUUUGCCUUAACCAGUUAAUAGUGUGUUGCUUUUUUUCCAAAGCCAUUGACUAGAACUUAGCUGAAGAAUUUACCUAGGACUUUUCUUUUUUACUCUGAGGAGCUUAAUAUUGAAAUUCUGACCUUGGAUAUUUAAGCCUCAAAAGAGUAGGACAUUCAAGAGGAGGCAAAUAAGGGGUUUCAAUGUACAAGUCUAUUUGGUGGUUAAAUUAAAAUUUGGUCUUGAUUUAAAAGCUCUACUUUUAAUCUGUGACCAGGUGUUUGACUAUAUUAGUAUGGCUAGUAUGCUGAAAAAACUAGGGUAUCAGCAUUAAUAGGCUUCAUAUUAAAAUGUUACUAUUUUAUUUUUACUUUGAAAAACACUGCCAGUAGAUUCUGCAGCAUGGCAAGCAGGUAAUACUUAAAGCCAAAUGGCGCUUCGGCUUAUUUCAAUAGUAUUUUUAUGUAAAGAUCAGUGUGAACAUAUCAGCUCAGUGGUUGAGUUUCUAGAAUCAAUUACCUUACAGUUUUUAUACUAGCUUUUGAUAUCUUUUGCCUAUUAAAAUACCUUGUGAACUUUAGGAUUAAGGAACUAAAAAUUAUUUACUAUAAGUUCAAGUUACGACUUGAGAAUCAUAUCUAAUUAGAACUGUGGCAGAACUACUAGAAAAAGAAGAUUCUGCAAAUUGGUUUCAGUGAUUCUUGAUGUAAUCAUAAUCAUCAACAGUAAUAGAUAUUGAACCAAAGUGAUCCUUUUUUUAAGUUUAAGGUUAUUUAGUUUCUCUUGCAAGGAUAUGAUUUAGUCACAUGCUAUAGGGAAUAUGUGUAUGUACUGUUGGGGAGCAGUGGGCUUGCUGUGUGUAUGUAUGUUUUAAAAUUAAUAAAUAUUAUCUUACUGGGCUCCAUAGAUGGUUUUAGUUUAGAUUAAUUAAGAGGCUAUAAAUAAUACAUACACUGCUGUAUGCUAUUUAACAAAUAAGUUUGAAAUCUGUUAAUUCUUCUUGGAAACUUUGGAUGUAGGGGUGACAAGCUAAUUUUCUUGUAUAGCUGGUGAUAUAAGCAGCAUGGUCAUAAAACAACAUUUCUUGUAAAGACUAACUGGUAAAAGUUGUGACAGAACCUGGUUUUCCUGACCUAGAAUCCCUUGCUUGCUUAGAAUAUCUGACUUCCCAUUGAAAUGGAACAUAGAAAAUGUGUUUUCUUAUGUGACUCUCAUUAUUGGUUCCUUUAUCUUAGUUGUGCUAAAAUAUAAGGCUGGACUUGUAAUAUACUAUGUAUCAGACUAGAUUGAAAAAUGUGAUCGAUUUGUUUUCUAAGCCCUCCUCUAUAUAACUGAACCACGGUCAGGGGAUUAGAGAAGAAACAGAGCACUGCUCCUAAGACUUUAGGCUAGUCUUAGUGAAAUGGAUGGACUAAAUGAAUUUUUCUGUUGUUUUUUGCAUUAAGUGUUUUUGCACUAGAAGAGGGUGCUUAACACUCCUCUAUAUGAAUAAAAAAUUAUGUUCUCACA